AUGGGCCCCUGUACCGCCUCCUCAUGCUGCUGCCAGGCCCGUAAUCUGCCAUGGGCCCCCGUACCGACUCCUCAUGCUGCUGCCAGGCCCGUAAUCUGUCAUGGGCCCCUGUACCGCCUCCUCAUGCUGCUGCCAGGUCCAGAGUGUCUCAUGGGUCCCUGUACGGCCUCCCAUUGCUGCUGUCUCCAUCGCCACACUCUGCCAUGUGCCACUUUCAGGUCUCCUCACACUGCUGGUGGGUUCCAUUUUGUCAUAGGGUGCUGUAUGGCCUCCCAUUGCUGCUGCCUCCACCGCCACACUGUGGCUCCACACUCUGGUUUUGGCCCCGUGACUGCCCAAAUGAGUGAAGUGUGCGGUGAUUCUAAGAUCGAUGGCACUCAUCUGCAUGUCAUACUGACUGACAGUAUUAUUUCUCUUCCCCGGCAGACUCCAAGGGCAUUUAAAUUAAAGGUACAGUGUUCUGCACUAAUAUAA